CCUCCUCCUCCUCCUCCUCCUCCUCCAGGUUACUGUGUUGUUAACAUAUCUAAUGUAUUGUCUAUUAACUCCUCCUCCUCCUCCUCCUCCAAGUUACUGUGUUGUUAACAUAUCUAAUAUAUUGUCUAUUAGAGACUGAAAAACAGCUUCUAUCUCAAGGCCAUCAGACUGUUAAACAGCCACCACUAACAUUGAGUGGCUGCUGCCAACACACUGUCAUUGACACUGACCCAACUCCAGCCACUUUAAUAAUGGGAAUUGAUGGGAAAUUAUGUAAAUAUAUCACUAGCCACUUUAAACAAUGCUACCUUAUAUAAUGUUACUUACCCUACAUUAUUCAUCUCAUAUGCAUAUGUAUAUACUGUACUCUAGAUCAUCGACUGCAUUCUUAUGUCACUAGCCACUUUAACUAUGCCACUUUGUUUACUUUGUCUACAUACUCAUCUCAUAUGUAUAUACUGUACUCGAUACCAUCUACUGUAUGCUGCUCUGUACCAUCACUCAUUCAUAUCCUUAUGUACAUAUUCCUUAUCCCCUUACACUGUGUAUAAGACAGUAGUUUUGGAAUUGUUAGUUAGAUUACUUGUUGGUUAUCACUGCAUUGUCGGAACUAGAAGCACAAGCAUUUCGCUACACUCGCAUUAACAUCUGCUAACCAUGUGUAAGUGACAAAUAAAAUUUGAUUUGAUUUGAAUUUGAUUUGAUUUAUUAACUCCUCCUCCUCCUCCUCCAAGUUACUGUGUUGUUAACAUAUCUAAUGUAUUGUCUGUUAACUCCUCCUUCUCCUCCUCCUCCUCCUCCUCCAGGUUACUGUGUUGUUAACAUAUCUAAUGUAUUGUCUGUUAACUCCUCCUUCUCCUCCUCCUCCUCCUCCUCCAGGUUACUGUGCUGUUAACAUAUCUAAUGUAUUGUCUAUUAACUCCUCCUCCUCCUCCUCCUCCUGCAGGUGACUGUUCUACAGGAGGUAAGGAGCCCAGGAAAGGCAGAGAAUUUCUCCUUUACAGUAGACGAGUCUAUGAGAAACCUGAAUGCUUACAUCACAGGAGGAUCCCUCUCCUUCACUCUCACCAGCCCUUCAGGUGUGUCUCAGAGUAACAGUGAGGCCAGCGGUCCUCUGGGGACCAUCCAGACUGUAGGGAACCUACACCGCGUCUCUCUGACCACACACAACAACACAGGAUUAUGGGAAAUCAGUCUUAACUCCCUAGAGUCUUACUCACUGAAGGUCAUAGGUCAGAGUUCUGUUAAUUUCGGCUACCAUUUCGUGGAGGCUUUCGGCGGUGCUCAUGGAGACUUUGGCCUCAAAGAGGGCCGUCCUCUCACAGGCGAUAACAUAACCCUGCUGGUGUCUGUGACGGGGGGUGACUCUGUCACUGUGACGGCGGUGGCCCUGGUCGAGGCCUUGGGGUCAGGGUCAGAAGUCAACGGAACCCUGCAAUCUCUAGGCGGCGGGGACUUCCUGGUUACCGUGGCCAGAGUCCCACAGGGGGAGUUUGUGGUGCGUCUGAGGGGAGAGAGCAAUAGCGCCACCACCAAAUCAUCACCUAGCCUCUUCCAGAGACAGGCCUCCACUCAGAUAAAGACUUCCAGCAUCUCUGUUAUGGUCCAGGCUGACAGUACUCUAGAACCCGGUUCUACCAUCUCUGUCCCCUUCACUGUGGCAAUGGCCAACGGAACAGGAGGAGCUUUUACCGUCCGAGCCACGAACGACCGCGGCUUCACUUCCUCCUUCCCCACCAGUGUCUCCAUUGUGACCGGAGAGGAGCGGGCCAACGAUGACAGAUUUCAGCCUCCCCAGUGUGGGGUGGUCAGCGUCUCGUCCAACUGCCCGGCUGACUGGAAGUGCUCUAACUGGCAGCUCUCUGCCAACCUGACCGACGGUGCCAACGGGACUGGCACGACCGAGUCACUCCUGCGCCAGGGCAACGGGACCCUGAACACUUCUACAGAGGUGGGCACCGGGGGGCGAGAACGUGACACGGAUUGA